CGAGACCCAAUUAUUCGCAGUCUUCCAAUUCCAUCGCAAGACGCACGCACACGUGGCGAAAUGGCAUCGCAUCGGAAUUACAAUCAUCAUUAGCGCCACACCAGUUUCCGCAAAUCACGCUCAUUAUGAAGAGGGAAUAUACAGGAAUAGAAGCAAUGGUACUAUUGUCGAGUGAAGAUGUUGGUUUCCGUUAAAGCUAUCCUUCUGCUGUUGCCGAUUCUGGCUGCUGCGAAAACACCGUUCGUUAUAAAUACCUGGCAUUUCAAGGAAGCCGCUCAAGAAGCUUGGGAUUUUGUGAGCAAAGGUCACGACGCGGUGGACUCUUUGGAGGCGGGAUGUUCGAAGUGCGAGAGCUUGCAGUGCGAUGGAACCGUGGGCUUCGGUGGUAGUCCGGAUGAGAACGGAGAAACCACUUUGGACGCACUUAUAUUUGAUGGGACUACAAUGGAUAUGGGAGCAGUCGGCGCUCUGAGGAACGUCAAGCAGGCUAUAUCUGUUGCUAAGCAUGUACUCAGGAACACAAAACAUUCGUUGUUGGUUGGUAGCCAGGCAACGAAAUUUGCCAAAAAGAUGGGAUUCAAAAUUGAAUCUCUAUCCACUAACAAAUCGCAGGCGAUGUGGGAUGAUUGGAAAUCGAAUAAUUGCCAACCGAACCAUUGGAAGAAUGUAGAUCCGAAUCCAAAUGAAAGUUGUGGACCCUACACGCCAGAAUCAGAAAACAGCAUCAACAGUUUCAACGUCUUCAGCAAACAUCGCCUAGGAAUAUCCAAGAAAAAUCACGAUACCAUUGGAAUGAUUGUUAUUGAUGAGGAUGGUAACGUCGCUGCUGGUACUUCGACGAACGGUUUGAAGUACAAGGUCCCUGGACGUGUCGGUGAUUCGCCGAUACCCGGAGCUGGAGCUUACGCAGAUAACACCGCCGGAGCAGCUGCGGCAACAGGAGAUGGUGACAUCAUGAUGAGGUUUCUACCCAGUUUCCUCGCCGUGGAACUCUUGAAAAUUGGAAAGUCUCCGACCGAAGCAGCUCAAAUUGCCAUCAAGAGGAUCGUUGAUAAGUAUCCAAGCUUUUUUGGUGCUGUAAUAGUCUCGGACAAGGAUGGUAACUACGGAGCAGCUUGCAACGGAAUGCCCGAAUUCAUCUUCUCCAUAGCCAAUCCGGAAACAGAAGGAGCUAAACUCGAAAGCGUCUUAUGCGGUUCAGGAAACAAUUGAACUUUGAAAUUUGUAUUGUUUAUAAAUAAUUUUAUAAUUAAAUAGAGAUAAGAUUCG